GGGUCUGCAAGAGAUGAUCAAAUUAGUUCCUAUUGAUUUUCAAAAUAGGCCAGAUUGGUACAAGGAAAAAGUCUACCCACCAAAUAAGGUGCCAUCACUGGAGCACAAUAAUGAAAUUCGAGGAGUGAGUCUUGAUUUGCUAAAAUAUAUUGAUAGCUACUUUGAAGGACCAGCUCUUUACCCUGAUGAUCCCACCAAGAGAGAAUUUGCUGAGGAGUUGCUAUCCUACACAAACACCUUUAAUCUGGCUGUGAUCACUUCACUGAAGGAAGGAUCUGAAAAUGAAAUCAGUACUGCUUUUGAUUACCUCGAAUCAGCUCUCUUCAAAUUUACUGAUGGACCUUUCUUCCUUGGUUAGUUCAGUCUAGUCGACAUAGCAUAUGCUCCAUUCAUAGAAAGAUUUUAUCCCUUAUUGCUGGAUGUAAAGAAAUAUGACAUCACUACAGGAUGAAAUAUUUUAUCAAUCCCUAAUCUUUUUUAUUUUUUUUAUGUCGUUAUGAUUUACCUUUUAAUCAUGAUGAAUGGAUAAAACUGUUUCCCAUUCAUCCCCGAGGCAUAGCCAAUCUUUUUUAUUAGUAACUUCUAUGCUAAAACAUGAUUUUUGGAUAUAUGUUAGUUUGUGGUUAAUGUUAAAACAUGAUUUUUGGAUUUUGGAAAUGUUAUUUUGUGGGUAAUGGUGAUUGGAUAUUAAUUGAAUGA